GAGGCCAUGGGGGGGUUGGGUAAUGGUCGUCGAGGGGGGCGGACUCCUCCUCUUAUGAUUGGUGCUCUGAUCGCUUGUGUCCUCGUCCUGGGUUUCAACUACUGGGUGUCGAACUCACGGAACUUGGAGUUACAGGUGUGUGUUUCGAUCUUUAAUCAAAUAUAUUUAUAACUAACCCAAGAUUGUUAAUCUGUGUCGUUUACAGUGGAAGCAAAUGAAACAGAACAAGCAAGGAGCUGGGCAAAACCAAGCAUGAGCUAGUGAGAUCCGUGUUGUGUUGUAGCAUAUACAGUAUUUGCAUAUUUCCGUUAGGGAACGCCGCCUCUGAAGUGCGUGUGUGCAUAAACUAAUCCCAGGGUUACAGUUUGUGUUUUUGAAGAGGAUUGGAAACAAGGCCGAGCCAGAUGGAGCAGUUGUAUGGAGAAAGGCAAGCUGUUUAGAGUAAUGAAUGUAGAAAGUAAGCUGAAGUAUGUGACUAGGAAAAGGGCCAUGUCACAGAGGGCAGAAUGAGUAAGUUAUUUUUGUAUGCCAUUUGAAGUGUUUAAAGAACAGGGUUUGAUUCUCCAAGCCUUUGUUUUGAAUGAUGCUACUCUGACCCUGUGACACCAUGUGUGUGCUGUGGUGGCGGGCAGACAAAGCUGUACGAGUUGGAAGCGCAGAUGCGUCGGGCGGCGUCGGAGCGUGGCGCAGUGGAGGUGAAGAAGAACGAGUUCCAGGAAGAGAUUCAGCGGCUGAAAGAGGAGAGCAGCCGCAUGCAGAGCCUGAACAAGAGGCUGGAGGGAGUCCACAACACCUGUAGCCAGGAAAAGGUAGUUUACUGUACUGGAGUGUACUCACCUGGGAACCAGCACACACCUGAGCACUGCAUCAUAGAUGGACGCAUAAUACACACCUGGGCACAACACCACUUCUAACGUGCACACACAAAAUAGUUCAUCAACACACACAUUACAACCCUGAGGACAACGCAAUCAUGUAAAGUGUGAUCAACACAUUUGUAUAUUCUAAACAUCAUUGAAUCAGUGCUAGGGAUUUUUCUGCCAUUGAAAUCCUUGGGCGGGCCGCCUAAAUCCAAACUAUAAUAUAUAUUUCAGGAUGGAAAUGGAAAACGCUUUCAGUGUAAACUUAAAUGAAGUUAGACAGGGAGAAUAGAAAAUUCCAAAAACAAGGAAUUUAGCAGUGUUGAUAUGUUUGAGCAAAAGAACACAGCAUUAACCACGGUCAAAUAUGUUCUCCCAGCUCCAUGGUAAGAUGCAUACAAUUGCAGGAAAUUCACUUUGUAGUUUUGAACAUUUCUCUCAGCUCCAUGUAGAAUUGCAGGAAAUUGGCUUAAUAAUGUAAAAAACACAAAACUACACUGCCAGGAUGGGGGCCUCUAAACGUAAUCUUGAGAGUACUAUCAGUUUCUCUGUGAUCAAGGGUUGUACUGAGUUGACCAUACUGAAUACGCCACCUUGCUGGUAGCCUGUCUUGAGUUUCCCUCCCUCAGAUAGGUUCCUUCAUCUGUGGGUCCUAUUGUUUACUGAGUGUGUGAAUUCCCAGCAAAGGUGUGAUACCAUGGCAGCAUGGAAAGGGAAUUGUGACCAUCUGUUGAGCACCUACUGGGUACACACACAGAUCAAGUAAAAACAAGUAAUGUCUGUUUCCUUUAGGCAAGCCAGCAGAUAAAUAUAUCCUCCAGUACCAAAACAAUACAGGACCUGAAAAGUAAGAUGGCUGUCUCUUUUCUGUCUUCAGUGUUGUGAAAUCUCACUCCAAUAUCCACCAGUGUUUAUCAGCCUUUUUUACCCCCUAGUCAGGACUUAAUACUACCUGUGAAUGUGUCUCUCUGCAGGUCAGUUAAAUGUGCUAAAUGAAGACCUGGGUAAAGUUCAGAAAGAGUUCCAGAGUUGCCAAGGCAAUCUGAACACCCUGAACAAAAAACUCACCUAUGACAUGUAAGGCCCUCUACUAUACACAGUCCAGCCAUUUAUGGAGGGUGUAUGACAGACAAUCAUGUAUCACUCUUUUAGGGUCUGUUAUGUGACCUUAACGUGCAGGUAAUAACGUGUGUUGUGUAUAGGACUCAGUGUAACACUCAGAUACUAGCACAGAGGGAGGACUGUGCUGAAAAGGUGGCUGCAGCCAAGCAGGAAGUUCAAAAGAAACUGGAGAUGAAGAACCCAGCAGUCUCCUCCCAGGUAAACCAGUAACCAUGUUCAACGCUCACAUCGUAGACCAGGGAUCAUUAACUAGAUUUAGCUGUGGGACGAUGUUUUUCCUGAGCGAAGGGUCGGGGGGCCGGAACAUUUGUAGACUGCAAAUUGACCGCAAGAAGCCCAGACAGGUAUGACAAAAAUAUAUAUAAUUUCACCCCUUGCUUACAUUUGUAUACAAUCACGUGUAUCUAUUUAUGCGUGGGAAUACUUGAACAGAUUUCCAAAAUAAAAAUUACUUUGAUCUAUAAUAUAGAAUGUUUUGCUCUACUUGGGGAGCCAAAGAAAGCCAUUUGGCACGCGGGCCGCCAGUUGGGGAACCCUGUCGUAGACCUUACCUAUCCCCCAUUAACUGGCUCACUCAUUAAGUACAUCCAGGGAUUUGACUCACAACAUUACCCAACAUGACCCUGAACAGUGGCUGCCUGGCAAUAGUCCCAACACAAUUUCCAUAAUCCGACGUACUGAGUUCAGUUCACCAUUGUAUCUAUCUAUCCAGAACUGUUAAAAUACCCUGAACAUUGAAGAACCCAGCAGUUGGUUAUACCUGGAGUACUUCUCCUGUCUUAUCCAGUGUCCUGUGUGAAUUUAAGUAUGCUCUCUCUAAUUCUCUCGUUCUCUCUUUCUCUCUGAGAACCUGAGCCCUAGGACCAUACGUCAGGACUACCGGGCAUGAUGACACCUUGCUGUCCCCAGUCCGCCUGGCCUUGCUGCUAUUCCAGUUUCAACUGUUCUGCCUGCGGCUACGAAACCCCUACCUGUCCCAGACCUGCUGUUUUCAACUCUUAAUGAUCGGCUAUGAAAAGCCAACUGAGAGACCUGAGCCCUAGGACCAUACGUCGGGACUACCGGCCGUGGUGACUCCUUGCUGUCCCCAGUCCGCCUGGCCUUGCUGCUAUUCCAGUUUCAACUGUUCUGCCUGCGGUUAUGGAACCCCUACCUGUCCCAGACCUGCUGUUUUCAACUCUUAAUGAUCGGCUAUGAAAAGCCAACUGAGAUUUAUUCCUGAUUAUUAUUUGACCAUGCUUGUCACUUAUGAACAUUUUUGAACAUCUUGGCAUGGUUCUGUUAUAAUCUCCACCCGGCACAGCCAGAAGAGGACUGGCCACCCCUCAUAGCCUGGUUCCUCUCUAGGUUUCUUCCUAGGUUUUCGCCUUUCUAGGGAGUUUUUCCUAGCCACUGUGCUUCUACACCUGCAUUACUAGCUGUUUGGGGUUUUAGGCUGGGUUUCUGUACAGCACUUCGAGAUAUUAGCUGAUGUAAGAAGGGCUAUAUAAAAUAAAAUUGAUUGAAAAUUGAUUGAACAUCAAACAAUAUAGCUUGGCUGACCAGUCUGAAUUUUAUAACUUUUUUUUUUUUUUUCUGCAGACAAAUGCAGCUUCCACACAGAAAAUUGGCUCCACUGAGGUGGGCGUGUCAGAUAAAGAGGGGCCUGGGAAGGCAGGACUGGACGACACGAAGACUACUCCUGUCCACGGCCACGCCCCUGAACCAUCAGUGGCCAAAGGUCCUGCAGCGGACCUCAAAGCCUCAGAGCUGGAGACCAAUGAGAUCGCAGUAGACAAAGGUACAAGACAAGAUGGCUGCUCCUCUCAUUCAAAGGGUGGCAGGAUCUGGGCCAAUAAGACAAUUUCAUACCAGCUCUCCCACUUUCUUAUCAACUCAUCUUUGACAUGACAUUACAUACACACCAUACCAUUAUACCACAGUCAUAUUCACCAUUACCCCUUAGGGAAGUACAACACGUCUUGAAUUUAAUUAGUAGUUUUAGCAUCAGAUGUGUAUAUUGUCUGAUGCUAACUGGAUGCUGCUCUUUGUCUAGCUCUCGACGCUCCUGCACUAUCCCCGCAAGAGUCCUUGCCCUCCACUGAUGCUAAUGGGGACCAACCAGGGCCUGUAGAGGAGGCCGAGGGGGCUAGUAAGCCCCAGAAAAAUAACCUGACGACUGAGGACACGGAGCUGGAGGUGAUGGACACACACGGAGGAGAGCUUCAGAUAGAGGGUACGACUCGCACAGCCUCAACCCUGCACCCACCAUCUCAGAAACUGUACAACCUCCUCCAUACCAGAUGUCCAGGGAGGACAAGCCAGUUUGCCCUGCCAUAAUUAUAAAAUAUUAUACAUUGUGUGAAAGUAUCUAAAAUGGGAAAUAGUGAAACAUAGCAUAGGCAAGGUUUUUGCCUUUACAGAGUCAAAGAUGUGAGAAAUGGAAACGGACGCCAAUCUUCUUUUUCCCCUCCAGAUGCUGACCCUGGUGCUGAUGACAUUCAGCUUAGCCAGUGGAAGGAAGAGGAGGCUCCUAUUGGUCAGGAGAAGGUGGAGGAUCCUGAGGAGGACCCGGACAAACGGAACCAGAUGGCUGAGAACAUAGGUGGGUCACACUCCUACAGUGGGUCUGUGUGUGUGUGUGUGAAGGUUAAUGUAUAGUAGAGAUGGGGGGUCUAUGGACAAAAAUCCAUAUUGUGAUAAAUUGCCUGAAUUGAUGUGAUAAUGAUAAUUAGAACGAUAAGUUUAACAUUCAUGUACACAACAGGUUUAAAAUAUCCGUUAAACUACUACUUUGAUGGUUGUAGCCAUCAAUUGUCCCAUUAACACUCACCCAUAUUAUCAAAUGUAUUUAAUUUCAAACUUCACAUUUCUCUAGUAUAGACUACUGAUCGUAAUGAACGAUGUCAGCAAAAUGCCUGCAAUAAGUGAUCGGUAUGGUCGGUUUUAAUAUUCGGUUUAUUGUCCCAUCUCUAAUGUAUAGUAAUGAUGCUAAUAUGUUCACUCGUAGAUAAGGAGGCUGAACGGGAAAUGCAGGAGGAGCUGGCGGACUACAACGGAGACGAUGAGAAUGAGGGAGAGUUUGAGGCUGACAAACAGGCAGAGCUAGCUCAGUUCUGAGGUAACACACACACACAGUCUGUUUUAGUGAUAUAAUUAUCUAAUGUUUGGUCUUGUUAGGUGGUUGGAGAAAGAUGGGAGCUAAGACCCUCCUCCUUUCACAAUCCACUACAGAACCAGGAAGGGACUGCAGCUCCUCAACAGAACUGUUGUCAAGACUACCGUCUGUGCAAAACACUCUUCAGCUCUUCCAGUGAAAGCAUCUCACAGUUUGCCUUAAUAUACUCAAGUCUUCUGCAGUGAAUGUAUAUUUUGUCGGGAAAACAGACUUUGGAUCUCAGAACUGCUAUAACCAUGAAGGAAGUGUGUGAAAUGAUAGUUUGUGUGAUAACAACCCAGAUCAUGCUGUUAGAGAAAUGUACUCCGAUUACUCAUCUAAUCAGCGAUUGUGAUUCACUCUUUAGUCUUGAUAGUGACGUAAUGUGCAGUUAGUUACAUUUAGCAUCUCUUACCGUAGUUUCAUAAACCAAUAGAAAAUGAGUUAUGUCAUGCUGUGUGACAAUGUGAACUUGGACACUUGAAUAAGGUUUUUGUUUUAUCAUUUGAAAUUCAACCCUGCAUAGUCAAAACUUUUGUAACUUGUUGGUAAAAGUGGCCUCUGUGCAUCCUUGGUGUACCAGGCAGACCCACUACUGUAAAUGUUUCAGAUACAAAUGUUUUUUUUAUAUAGCAGACUCAAAUGGAAAUGAUGGUUAUUGAGAACAUUUAGCAUGUGGAUAGGUUUGAUUUUAUGCAAUGGACACUUCUUCUAUUAUUUAGAUUGUUACAAUGGAUGUGUUGCUUACUGAACUGUUAAAUAAUCUGAUUUUAUUGAGGAAAUGUAGGACAGAAGGAUGACAAAAUAAAUCAUUUUAAUACCAUAGACAAGUUUGUUUUUGGUAUUGUGAAGGCUGUAGUUAUUCUGUCCUUUGGGAUGUCUGGUAUUUGUAGUCCUUUGUGGGUCAGGACCAAAAUGACAAUUGGGUAAAGGAUGAUCUUGUCCUGGUCAACCCACUUCAGACACUGUCUCCCUCUGUCCUAUCAUAGCGACCACAAUUACACAGAUGGAAAAAGUUGGUCUCCGUUCAGGUGUACAAGUCACACAUGGGUCAGGGAGAUGGGUACUGGGUUUGAGUUGUCAUAGUAAUGCAGGGCUCGGAUUCAGAUGAUCUUGACCACAGGGAAGUACUUGUGAGCGGAGAAAUCAAACUCCGGUAGUACCUAGAGAUGGGGAGUACCAUUGAAUCACAAUAAUGCCCCAGAAAUGUUUCAAUUUCCAAAUAUUUUGUGGCAUGUUUUGCUCCUGGCAUUAUGUUGUUACCUUUGUUUCCUUCUUGUGCCCGCCGGCAAGUAGCUUCAUGACCACAAUGUUGGGCUUGGCCACUUUUAGGAUGCGAUUCACCUGCAACAACCAGCAAUGGAAAUUAAAAAACGAAAACGUAGACCCACAAACUUAAGGCACAACCUCUGUUACUAUUAGGGGUUAAAGGGCUUGCUGACCUCUGGGUCAGGGCUGGGGACGUUCUCCAGGAUCAGUUUGGCCUGCUGGAAGUGUUUACUGGCCGCCAUGUAGAGGUCAGCUGACUGGGGAGGAGGACUGUACUUCUUCAGAUCAGACAUCUCCUACAGCCGACAUAAAUCGAGAGGCACAGGUGACGUUAAAGGUAGUCUUUAUUUCCGCUAUAACAUGUAGAUUCUGUGCAGCAUGUCUGCAAUUUAAGUCAACCUGGAAUGCACCACAGACGCAUGCACACAAUCAUAGCUAGCGACGGUUGGUAACACUACUGUACCUUGAACUGGAUGUAAUGGACUGGCGGGGGAGUGACCACGCUGUUGAAGGGGGCAAAGCGAUGCUCGUAGCGCACCUGCUCGCUGUCCAACUCAAACAGGGGCUUCCGUACCUUCCCGUCCAUAUCCAGAGCUAUCAUAGUCUGCACCAGAGACAGGAGUUCAGUGUUUCUGUAGUACACGUAACAUGUUUAGGACAAGUCUGUGUACACUUACCUUGUACAUGCCAGCACACAUGUUUUGGUAGGCUUGGCUCAUGGUGAUUUCUCUGCUGAGGGGGCGAGCUGCAGGUGAAAACACAUUCUUAUUGAGGAGCGAGUUAUGGAUGGGGCGGCAGUGUAGUACCAGAUGGAUUAAAUUCAAUGUAAAUAAUGUAUGAUUUGAUCCUGACCUCCUUGACCUUUCUUCUUCUUCUUGGUUUUCUUGCUGCUGCGUCCUUUCUGCUGCUCCUCCAGGAGGCGCUCCUCAGCCAACUGAGAGCUGUCCGCCCGACUCAGAGUGGACAUGAGCCACGCAUACAGGAACUCUGACAGAUACCUACACACACACACACCUCAGUCAAGCAUACCUCAAUCAAGUGAACACCGAACAUAUUUUCUUACAGCACGCACACAUCAGUCAAGUGUACACAUGGAACACACUUUCUUACGGCACUUUGGAACACACUCCUCACCAGUAGAUGUAGUAGUACUCGUGCAUGCUGUAGAGUUCCAGCUCGAAGCCGCUGAGCAGGUACUGGAUCAUGAUGCGCAGGUUGUGGUAGAGGAUCCAGGUCCCCAGGCAGGCCAGGUGCUGUCUCUGGGGCUCCAGCUUCAUCAGCAGGCUGUGCAGCGCCGCAUCCACCUUCUCUGCCUGCAGGUGGCGCCCCCACACCGCAUCAGUCAACCACAGGAGUUCAGCAACAUACAGUCGAGCGCGUCCACACACACAUAAGAUCAUUUACAUCACUAAACAGCAAUGCAUUCUCACUCACCUCAUCCUGCAGUGUGGCAAACUCCUCCAGGAUGUGGCCUAGUUUGUCUCUCUGCCGAGCGCGGUUGUGUCCGUGGAUCUGGAUGAGACUGCAAAAGGGCUGCAGGGAAACCGACCAGGGUUGUUUUAGUCCAUUGUUUGAAAACAAUAUAUAUAUAUUUUUUUAAACAGCUUCAAAUUAUGUUUACAACUAUCAUGUUGAUCUCAAGGACGGUCAGAGCCACAGCUUAAUGUAUGCAUUUGAGUGGUUAAAUGUACCUCAGCUUUAUAGCUAACCAAGUGGAGGGGGUGCCAUUUGGGCUGGACAAAAACGAAUGAAGGAUUGUGGCAUUAAUAUAGAGAAGGUGUAUUGGAACACAGCCAGGUGACUUACCCUCGAGCAGUGUGCGACAAAGGAGUCAAUGUAGUCCUUGGCCUGGUGGUUAUUAUACAGGCAGCACCUGCAGAGGCACCGCAGGGAACAGUCAGUUCAAAAGACUGAGAUAGAGCUUGAACUCUAAUACCUCAGAAAUGCAUCCUUCCUUAUUUCCUUGAGGUAUUUGAUAGGUGAAAGCAAGAUUGCCACCAUAUUACAAAUACCACUCAAACCAAUUCAGAUCUCUAAUGACUUCUAGGAAGGAAGGAUGCAUUUCUAAAGCAUUUGAAGGUAGGGCCAUAGAAAGAAGCACUCCAAUCUUCAAUGACUUACUUGGAGGAGAGCACUGGUGGGCUGACGAAGUACCUCAGAGCAUCUUUGAUCAUGUCCUGCAUUGGUUGGGUCCCAAACACUUUCUUAUUAUCGAUCAGGAACGUUGUCUAGAGACAGGGAGGGGAUUCAUCAGAACUGGACCAGAGAAUUGUACAGAUGCACCAAUCAUGAGGGAGAAUGUUCCUUACCUGCAGCAGAGACCUGGAGAGGACGCAGGGGGACUGCUCACUGAACUCACAGAAAAAGUCCUGAAAGCAGAACAUUAAAACGACAUUACUACAACCUUUAACAAAUGUUCGAACAACAGGUAGACCAUUACAGAAGUAUUGUCAGAAUGUAAUAUUACAGUAAUGUUGAAGUACAAUAGUAUUGUCAAAAUUAUUGUAGUAUUUACAGAUAUACAGUGAGGGAAAAAACUAUUUGAUCCCCUGCUGAUUUUGUACAUUUGCCCACUGACAAAGAAAUGAUCAGUCUAUAAUUUUAAUGGUAGGUUUAUUUGAACAGUGAGAGACAGAAUAACAACAACAAAAUCCAGAAAAACACAUGUCGAAAAUGAUAUAAAUUGAUUUGCAUUUUAAUGAGGGAAAUAAGUAUUUGACCCCCUCUCAAUCAGAAAGAUUUCUGGCUACCAGGUGUCUUUUAUACAGGUAACGAGCUGAGAUUAGGAGCACACUCUUAAAGGGAGUGCUCCUAAUCUCAGCUUGUUACCUGUAUAAAAGACACCUGUCCACAGAAGCAAUCAAUCAAUCAGAUUCCAAACUCUCCACCAUGGCCAAGACCAAAGAGCUCUCCAAGGAUGUCAGGGACAAGAUUGUAGACCUACACAAGGCUGGAAUGGGCUACAAGACCAUCGCCAAGCAGCUUGGUGAGAAGGUGACAACAGUUGGUGCGAUUAUUCGCAAAUGGAAGAAACACAAAAUAACUGUCAAUCUCCCUCUGCCUGGGGCUCCAUGCAAGAUCUCACCUCGUGGAGUUGCAAUGAUCAUGAGAACGGUGAGGAAUCAGCCCAGAACUACAUGAGAGGAUCUUGUUAAUGAUCUCAAGGCAGCUGGGACCAUAGUCACCAAGAAAACAAUUGGUAACACACUACGCCGUGAAGGACUGAAAUCCUGCAGCGCCCGCAAGGUCCCCCUGCUCAAGAAAGCUAAGGGGACAGAACAACUUCACCGCAUAAAAGGGACGAUGGACGGGGCCAUGUACCGUCAAAUCUUGGGUGAGAACCUCCUUCCCUCAGCGAGGGCAUUGAAAAUGGUUCGUGGAUGGGUAUUCCAGCAUGACAAUGACCCAAAACACACGGCCAAGGCAACAAAGGAGUGGCUUGAGAAGAAGCACAUUAAGGUCAUGGAGUGGCCUAGCCAGUCUCCAGACCUUAAUCCCAUUGUGGAGGGAGCUGAAGGUUCGAGUUGCCAAAUGUCAGCCUCGAAACCUUAAUGACUUGGAGAAGAUCUGCAAAGAGGAGUGGGACAAAAUCCCUCCUGAGAUGUGUGCAAACCUGGUGGCCAACUACAAGAAACAUCUGACCUCUGUGAUUGCCAACAAGGGUUUUGCCACCAAGUAGUAAGUCAUGUUUUGCAGAGGGGUCAAAUACUUAUUUCCCUCAUUAAAAUGCAAAUCAAUUUAUAACAUUUUUGACAUGCGUUUUUCUGGAUUUUUUUGUUGUUAUUCUGUCUCUCACUGUUCAAAUAAAUCUACCAUUAAAAUUAUAGACUGAUCAUGUCUUUGUCAGUGGGCAAACGUACAAAAUCAGCAGGGGAUCAAAUACUUUUUCCCCCUCACUGUCGUUCAGCAAAUGAUUGGCCCGUACCAGAAUUCCAUGUAGGUUAGUUGUAUUGAUGACCUCGCACACGGUCUUAAUGCGGUCGAUGAGCUUGCUGAAGUAGUUGACCAUCUCCUCCCUCUUGAUGAUCUUGGCGUAGCGGGGGAAGGUGGGGGGCAGCAGUCUCUGGUUCACCAGCGGUUCAAACCCCAUCAUGAUCGGGUGAUCUGGAACGCAGGGGCGAGGUCAGGGUUCAGAACUGUGAGUGGUUCACUUGCAGUCCAAGUUUUUCUACGUGAGUGAAGCAUUCCCUCUUAUGGUAGUGAGUGAGAAAUUGGGCCUAGGUGCCAUGGUGGAGUGUGUUUGUGGGUGUUACCUCCUUUAGUAGUAUCGUUCUGGGACUGAAUGCCAUGUUCGAUGCUGGAGCGGAGAGCUGGGAGGAGAUCUGCCGCCUGCUGCAUGAGUUUCUGAGCUUCACUCACUGA